AUGCUGUCAUGUGUCUCUCUGCCUAAGCAGGGCGUCUACAUGCCCGGGAAUCGAGCUCAUCUCAACACUUCAAAUCUCCAUUUUGACGGUUUAAAUGGGCAGAACUCGCCUCCACACGCGACAAAGAGGCUUUCUCAUUGCCGCCUGCUUCUGUACACAAAUUGGGAGUUAAGACAAAUCGUGUCUGAGACUGAGGCGAUAGGCAGUGACACGUCAACUCUUUCUGCCCCACUCCCCAACCCCUCUAACUUGUUCCCUCCACUCGACUGGCAAACCCUCGCUCUAAUAGAUUGUCGUGGCAACGGCUUCUUCACCUUCCAUUCGGUCGUUUCGACUGGCCAACUCUACAACGGUCCGAGCUGGAGGCAGCCCCGAGUCGGCGCCCUGGCCGGUUCGUCUGCCUCUCUCUUAGCCUCACCAGUCCCCGGCAUUUCGGUGCCAAUCCGGCACUACACACUCUACUCCAGCGCCCACACCACACUAGCCAUCUUGGGACGUGAUUCCGGCCAAAGGGGUGUCGCCGCGGCAACCGAAAACGCAAAGAACUCACACCGCACACAUACUGUUGAUGGGGGCUAUCGUCUGAUUAAAAAAACAGGAUUUUUCUUCCCUUUCGCUUGUAAAUUCAGACCCGUCUGA